UUUACACGGCUCUGCAAGGAACGUGUGAAGAGCUGGUUUUAAUACAGCCUCCUACGUAACCGUAGUCACGUCGGUGGACACGGCCCUCUUUUGAAGUUCCUGGGGGACGAGCGAAGGAACCCGGACGAAUCGAAGGAAAGGGGCCAAGAUUGAGCUCGGAGAAUACAUAUUUACACAUUAUUCACCCCAGAAAGACUGCCGUCAAACCGAAGACAAGGUGCAACGCGGAAAGCCAAGGUCUUGACUGCCCGAGAACGUCAGAAAAUAAAGAAAAUGGCGGAGCCAGACAAAUUAAACAUCGACUCUAUAAUUCAGCGUCUGUUGGAAGUCAAGGGCUCUCGACCAGGGAAGAAUGUCCAGCUGACAGAGGGUGAGAUCCGUGGGCUUUGCCUAAAGUCCCGUGAAAUCUUCCUGAGCCAGCCAAUCCUGCUUGAACUAGAGGCUCCCCUCAAAAUCUGUGGUGAUGUCCACGGUCAGUACUAUGAUCUGCUUCGGCUGUUUGAAUACGGAGGCUUCCCCCCAGAAAGCAACUACCUGUUCCUGGGUGACUAUGUAGACCGAGGGAAGCAGUCACUGGAGACCAUCUGCCUGCUUCUAGCCUACAAGAUAAAAUAUCCAGAGAACUUUUUCCUGCUGCGUGGAAACCAUGAAUGCGCCUCCAUUAAUCGAAUCUACGGCUUUUAUGACGAGUGUAAGCGAAGGUAUAACAUAAAGCUGUGGAAGACCUUCACAGACUGCUUCAACUGUUUACCUGUGGCUGCCAUAGUAGAUGAGAAGAUCUUCUGCUGUCACGGAGGCCUCUCUCCUGAUCUUCAGUCUAUGGAGCAGAUCCGCAGAGUUAUGCGGCCCACAGACGUGCCUGACCAGGGUUUGUUGUGUGACCUGCUGUGGGCUGAUCCAGACAAAGAUGUGCUCGGCUGGGGUGAAAACGACCGUGGCGUCUCCUUCACGUUCGGGGCAGAUGUGGUGGCCAAAUUUUUGCACAAACACGACAUGGACCUAAUAUGCAGAGCACAUCAGGUGGUAGAAGACGGUUAUGAGUUUUUCGCUAAGAGGCAACUCGUCACCUUAUUCUCUGCUCCCAACUACUGUGGAGAGUUCGACAACGCCGGUGCCAUGAUGAGUGUGGAUGAGACACUCAUGUGCUCCUUCCAGAUUCUGAAGCCAGCCGAUAAGAAAUUGUAUCCUUAUGGCGGAGGGGGAGGGAUGGGAUCUGGGAGACCGGUCACCCCGCCACGAAAUUCGGCCAAGGCUGCCAAGGCCAAGAAAUAACAGCCGUUGGAUUCCCCUCCCACAACCUGCCUCCCCUCUGUCCGCAUCACACUUUUCUUUAUUUUUAAUUUUUUUUUUUCUCUCCCAUACCUCCCCAAACUUGUAUUUCCCUUGUCAACAAGCGGUAACAGAGCAGCAGUGUCCAGGGUUCAAUCAUGCUUUUUUAACUGUUUGUUUGGCUGUUUGCGUGCACUUUUUUUUGUGUGAGUGUAAAAAAAGUGGGAAUGAUUCUGAGGGAAUUGCUGUAUUCUGUAUGUAUGAUUAUGUUCUCUUCCUGUACCCGCUGUUCUGUUUUCCUGUCAUUUUGUAGAGAUGGGUUCUUGCUCAUCUGUGAUGUAAUUGCAAUCCUGGGUGCAGGGGAGGAGGGGGCCGGGGAGCGAGGAAGAGGAGUCUUAGCUGUUUAUGUUAAGGCUCUGCACUGUUUAAUGCUAAACACAAGCUUUUGUACAUCCUGUUUCAGAGGUCUGUGUAUGUCUGUGAUACGGGGAGGGGAGGGGGGUUAGGACCAAGUUGCACAGUCAAACGGUAACGGCACAUACCACACACUGGUGCAUAUAUGUGCAGCUGAAUCCUUCAAUGAAAUGAAUUCACAAAGAGAUAUUUUUUUCUUUUCCCUUUCGUAAACCAAUGAUUUGAGAACGCAGUCAUGGAUGUGAAAUAGCUUUUGCUUCUUUGUUUUCUUUCUUCCUUUUUUCUUUUGUAGAUACGUGAAACCGACAUGGUUUGAUUUCUUUCUUGUUUUUAGUUCACUGCAAGUUGAAGAUGAAUAAAAAUAACCAUUUAUUUGAAUUACGCCA